GUGGCGUGUCUGGCCUAAGCUGGCAGCCGCAGGCGCAUCAGCCACGGUCUCCGCCUCAGCCACGGGAGCCUGGGCAGCAGGGAUGACAGGACCAAGGCCAGUUGUCCUCAGUGGACCAUCAGGUGCUGGAAAAAGCACCUUGUUGAAAAAACUUUUUCAAGAAUAUGGCAACAUUUUUGGCUUCAGCGUCUCCCAUACCACGAGGAACCCUAGGCCUGGAGAAGAAAAUGGCAAAGAUUAUCACUUUGUGACCAGGGAGGAGAUGCAGAGAGACAUCGAUGCUGGCGAAUUCAUUGAGCAUGCUGAAUUCUCAGGAAACAUGUAUGGGACAAGCAAAGCCGCUGUGCAGGCUGUGCAGGCGAUGAACCGGAUCUGUGUGUUGGAUAUAGACCUGCAGGGAGUGAGAAACAUCAAGAAGACGGAGCUACAGCCCAUCUAUAUCUCCAUCCAGGCGCCAUCCCUGGACAUUUUGGAAAAGCGACUGAGAGACAGGAAGACCGAAACAGAGGAGAGCCUGCAGAAGAGGCUGGCUGCAGCCGCCGCUGACAUGGAGAGCAGCAAGGAACCCAACCUGUUUGAUUUGAUCAUCAUCAAUGAUGACUUGGAUGAGGCUUAUCUGAUGCUGAGAAAGGUCCUAGCUGAGGAAAUCCAGAAGGCCCAGCAGCCCAAUGACUUAUGAAUAGAAACCAGAGGCCAUCCCACUGCCCUUCCCUCUCACUCCCUUUUCAUUCCAAGAAACACAUUCCUUUUCAUCUCACUCUUCCCUGCUCCAAACCACAGAGGAGCCUGUGUGUGCAUCUGCCAGAACCUUGGGCAUCUUGGGCUAGAGUGUAGGGGGGGGCCUGGGCCUUUUGGACCCCUUCCAUAUUCUCCCACCAUCAGGACCCCAAGGAUGUUCUCAGUGCACCCUCCAAAGACCCAUUCUGGGAGAGAGACUCCCCAGUGCUACACUGCCCCCACCAGCUCAGCCUGGGAGCCACAAGGUAAGGUUGGUGAUGGAAAGCUAGCCCUGCAAUGAUCUCUGGACCAAGGAGGGGACAUACAGACCCAACAGAGACAGGAGCCUUCCAAGAGGCUCACAGCCACUUAAACCCUGGAUCUUCAGGUUCUCAUAUGCCCUGCCAUAAGCUUGGCCACGUCUGGGUAGCAGCUCAGAUGUGAGUCAAUACCACAAGGCUCUCUGGAGAGGAGGAAAGAAAUCCUGCUGCUUUCCAUCUGCACAGUGGUUUCUCUGAGGAGUCUGGCCAUCAGGCUCCCUCAGGGAGGGGAGGGCCUGCCUUGUAUUUGGCAGCAGCCGGCACACCAGAGCCACGUUGCCAGACUCCCUUGAGUUGUGAAUCUCCCUGACAGCAAGUUAGCUCCAAACUGCCAGCCUGACCCUCUGGCUUGGAGGGUACGAUGGGUUUGUGAACAAUUUGGGAUUUGGGAAAUGUUCUGGGCACCAUUGGGAUAACUCCCCCCGACACACACACACACAUGCAUAUACCCCCACAGCUCAGACAUUGGGACUCAUCUCCUAACCUCGUUACCCCGUCUGGAGAAUUUGAUCCGUGCCCUAUCCUUCCUCCUCAUCCUCCCUGUUCCCAAGUUAGACUAGAUCUGUGUCGAACGGCAGUCAGGUCAUGACCAUAUGUCCAGGGGCAGCCCUGGUUCUGUUUCACCCUGUUCUCUGUGAACUCCGGACGGUCCCUCUCUGAGCCCAGAACCCAGCUUGUAAUAAAAUACUUUUUAUUUUA